UUGAGAUGGGCUUCGGCUUCUGUUCUGCCACUGUCUGUAUGGUUUCUCAGGGGCUAUGAUGUGGACAGGUGUAAACCUGCUGAGGAGGAAGACAAUGAUGAUAGUCUUCCGUUUGGACUGAGGGUGCUGAAGCUGUCGCGUCCAGGAGAGGGUGUCCUCUCUCCGCUGCUGCAGACUUCUGAUGGGGUGACUUGUGGAUGUUCUGCUCCCUGUCCCUCUCCCUCCGACUGCCUUCUGUCUGAAGCCCCGUUUAGCGCCUGCACUAUGGAACAGUGUGCAUGUGUGGAGCGGGAGCUGGAAAAAGUGCUCCAUCGCUUUGUAAUGUAUGGCCACCAGUCUGAAGAAAGGCUAGAUGAACUCCUGCGCAGUGUCUGUGAGAUACGAGGACAGCUAGUUGCCUUUGGAGUACAAGAUGCAGAUUUAUCCGUCCUGUCCCAGACUAUGGCACAGUGUUGUAAGAAUAUCAAAGAAACAGUGCAGAUGCUUGCUUCACGGCAUAAAGACAUCCAUGGCAGUGUGUCAAAAGUGGGCAAAGCCAUUGACAGGAACUUUGAUGCAGAAAUUAGUGCUGUAGUGGCAGAGACGGUGUGGGACACCCCAGAGAGACAGAAAUACCUGAGUGAGACCAUUGUGGAGCACCUGUACAGGCAAGGGAUGCUCAGUGUGGCAGAGGACCUAUGUCAGGAGUCUGGAGUCGUUAUCGACAUGAGUAUGAAGCAGCCUUUCCUGGAACUAAACAGGAUCCUUGAAGCUCUUAGGAUGCAGGACCUUGGGCCAGCGUUAGAAUGGGCCGUCACAAAUCGCCAGCGUCUUCUGGACCUGAACAGCAGUUUAGAGUUCAAGCUGCACCGCCUGUAUUUCAUCAGUCUGCUCAGUGGAGGAAUAAGCAACCAAAUGGAGGCCCUGCAGUAUGCCCGGCACUUCCAGCCCUUUGCCUCUCAGCAUCAGAGAGACAUCCAGAUAUUGAUGGGCAGCCUGGUUUAUCUACGCCAUGGCAUCGAGAACUCGCCGUAUCGGAGCCUGUUGGAGACAAAUCAGUGGGCUGAGAUCUGCAACAUCUUUACUAGGGAUGCCUGUGCUUUGCUGGGCCUCUCUGUGGAGUCUCCACUAAGUGUUAGUUUUGCGUCAGGAUGCAUGGCCUUACCAGUGCUGAUGAACAUCAAGCAGGUGAUCGAGCAGAGGCAGUGCAGCGGCGUCUGGACGCACAAAGAUGAACUACCUAUUGAAAUCGAUCUGGGGAAAAAGUGUUGGUAUCACUCGGUGUUCGCCUGCCCAAUCCUUCGGCAGCAGACCUCAGAGAGCAAUCCUCCCAUGAAGCUCAUCUGCGGCCAUGUCAUCUCCAGAGAUGCUCUCAACAAACUUACUAAUGCUGGGAAGUUGAAAUGCCCGUACUGCCCCAUGGAGCAGAACCCGUCACAUGCAAAGCAGAUCUACUUUUGA